GCAGCCUGGGAGGCACAUGGACCCCGAGACGUUUGACCCCAGUGUGCUGCAGGAGGCAUUCAAGCAAGGCAUUCGAGACCUGCAGGUCCUUUUUGAGAUGACCCAGAAAAAGUGCGAACGCCUCGAGAUGAUCUGUCGUGAGGAGGAAGCACGUCAUUGCCACAAGGUGGCUGAACUCCAGGACAAGAACAAGUCCUCGUAUGCCACGUACAAGGAGCUGGAUUCGCAGAUUGGCUAUGUGGCAAUGAAGGUGGUGCACUUGGGAGAUCUCCUGGAAAGUGUGAACACACCCCGUUCACGUGCUGUCGAGGCACAGAAGCUGAUGAAGCACUUUGCAGAGUUUCUUCGCCCAGAACAUGGGUCGCACACGGGCAUCUCUGACCCAGCCAAGCUUCACGAAGCAGCUGACAUUAUCCAGAAACUUCAUCUUAUAGCUCAAGAGUUGCCUUAUGGAAAGUUUGAGAAGGCACGUUUCAAGAUUGCACAGAAGUACAAUGAGAUUGAGAAGGCCCUGAUUGCCGAAUUUGUGCGAGCACAUCAUGAGGGUGACAAGGAGACCAUGAGGCAAGUGGCGGCUGUUCUGUCCCACUUUAGGGGCUAUGCAAACUGCAUUGACACAUUUAUUGACGAGAGCCAAAUGGGUGCAUUCAUGAAGAAGGAUAUGUUCUCAAACAUAGUGCCUCUUUGUGAACGGAGUGAGCAGUCACACUCCUUUUUUUGUAAAUAUCUUCGGACCUUGUAUGAGCUUUACUCAAAAACAAUGCAGCUGUCCUCCAACCUGUCCAAGUUCAAGAUGGGAAAUGACCCUGCUUUCCUGAAGAAGUUGACACGCCAGAUUUUCUCCAAGCAUUUGGACCCGUACCUAUCCAUUGAGAUGCAAUACCUGAGGGACAAAUGCUGCACUGUGCUCAACAGGUACUACGAGUCCAAGAACCACCACAAGCGGCAGUUUCAGUUUGGCGGAAUUCACGACCUUCGUCGUGACCUUCAAGCGAAGCUUGGUGCCCGUUCCAACAUCAAUGCUCCAACAGUGGAGAACUUUGGUGGCGAGACAUUUCUCUCUGAAGAAGUGGCCAUCAAUCUCCUGCAGGAGAGCAAGCUUGCCUUCCAACGCUGCCAGCUGUUGUCCAAGCCUACAGAGCUGCCAAAAAGUGUGGCACAGAUUUUUGACAUACUGCUGAAUGGACUUUGCAUUGAGCACAUCCACUAUGCCCUGGAGAUUGGCCUUAGGGCCAUACCUGUGUCCGAACCAAAGAAUGAGCCAGAGAUUUAUUUCUUUGACACGGUCAGGCAGUGCAACUCCAUUUACCAGCUGCUUGAGAAGCUCUUUAAUAACAACGUGGCACCUCUGCUCCUGUGA